AACGUAACCUCACUUUGUGGGUGUUUUGUUUUGAUUUUUGUGUUCCGCGAAAAUCCGUGAAAACCCGGCGAAAAAUGACUGCAGCUGAGUCUGGGGAUCAUCUUCUGGCACUCAAAGUGAUGAGGCUGACUCGACCGACUCUCGUGACGCCUCGAGUGGUGACGGCGGAAGCCAAAGAUCUGCCCCAGAACACUCUGCACAAGCUGCUCCAGGAGGAUGCGACCACUGCACGUGGCAUGGAGACGAUCGCAGCGGGAUCCUUUAUGCUCCUGCCGCAGAGCUUCGGCAAUAUUUACCUCGGCGAAUCCUUUUCCAGCUACAUUUGCGUCCACAACUGCACAAAGUAUCCUGUUCACAAUGUGACCGUGAAGGCUGAUCUGCAGAGCACGACCUCGCGAAUCAACCUGCCCAUGCACGUGGGGAAGGAGCUGCCGGUGACACUGAAUCCGGAGGACACACUGGACGACGUGAUUCACCACGAAGUGGUGGAAAUCGGGACGCACAUCCUUGUGUGCGAAGUGCAGUACACCACGGCGGCAGGAUUGCCGGCAUCGUUCCGGAAGUUCUUCAAGUUCCAGGUGGUGAAACCGCUGGACGUGAAGACGAAGUUCUACAAUGCCGAGACGGACGAAGUGUAUCUCGAGGCGCAAAUCCAGAACAUCACGGCGGGCACGAUUUGCCUGGAGAAGGUGGAGCUGGAGAGUUCGGAUAAGUACACUGCCACGGAGCUGAACAGCCUGGCCUCGGGGGAGUCUGUGUUCCCGGCCAUGAAGAUGCUGCAGCCGCUCAACAGCUGCCAAUUCCUGUACUGCAUCAAGCCCAUUCCGGCCGUGGCCGAUGAUCCCAACGCCCUGCGCAUCGCCAACGACAUCGGGAAGCUGGACAUCGUGUGGCGCUCGAAUCUGGGCGAGCGCGGACGCUUGCAGACAAGUCAACUGCAGCGCAGUCCCAUCGAUUUCAAGGACCUCCGACUGAGCGUGAUUGAGGCCUCCAGCAUCGUCCGGAUAGGCAGUGCCUUCAGCUUCAAGUGCCGCAUCACCAACACCAGCGAUCAGUCCAUGGAACUGGCCGUGAGUCUGCUGGCCAAGGCGCGCCAGAACGGUCCGUACACCGGCAACACGGAAUACACGCUGGGCUCCAUCGCUUCCGGUGCCUUCACGGACUGCAGUCUCACCGUGUUCCCCGUGCAGCUCGGCCUGAUCACCAUCACGGAUCUGCAGCUCACGGACACAUUCCUGAAGAAGACCUACAAGUUCGAAGACUUCCUCCAAGUCUUCGUCGUGGACACGACGUACGAUCUGGAGAGCUUCAAUAUAGAUGAGAAUGUCCAGUACUAUGACUAAAAUGAUGAAAGUUUGGAAAAAUAAAUGAUGUUUGGCGGAAAAUGAGGCAAAAGAAGUGCCCCGGGUGAGGAUCGAACUCACGACCUUAAGAUUAUGAGACUUACGCGCUACCUACUGCGCUACCG